CUUUCGUUGCCUGUCUUGCCUCGACAUCUGGGAGCCAAGCGCCUGCCCAUCCAUCGCUGCUCGCCCUCCUGCUCCCUCUGCUCGGACUUGCCCUCCCCUCGCCUCGCAGCCAUGGCCGACUCUCUCGCUCCUCUGGGUCGCAUGGACAGCACCAAGAAACACUCGUACCGCCAGGUGGUGCGCAAAGAGUCGCUGACCCACCAGCGCAUCACCAACACCCAAGACUGGUGGUCUGACUGGAAGUCCAUGUUCAAGUACAAAAACUCGGUCGUCCCCGAGACGCUGCCGCCGACCAUCCUCUUCACGCUCUUCUCGGCAGCCGUCGUUGCGAUCUACGAGGAGUCGCAGUGGGUCCGCGAUAUGCUGCCCAACUCGACGCUGCUCAUCAGCAUCCUUGGUAUUGUCAUGGGCCUGCUUCUCGUCUUCCGCAACAAUACCGCCUACGACAGAUACUAUGAGGGUCGCCGCCUGUGGGCAUCGCUCCAGACUCAGGCCAGAAACCUCACUCGCCUCAUCUGGUUUGGCGUGGUGCCCAAGGACGAGCACGACGAGAUCCAGAAGCGAGGCGCCAUGAACCUCGUCAUGGCGUUCAUUUCCUCCACCAAGAACUACCUCCGCGGCGAAUAUCAAUGGGACGUUGUUGAUGUGGCCCCAUACCUGGCUCAUAUGGAAGGCUACAGCAGCGAAGGCCAUGCCCAACAGGAUGUCAACGAGCAGCUCGUUCUCCCAAUUGAGAUCUCGUUCCACAUCUCUGCGUACAUCAACGCCGCCAAGGCCGCUGGCCAGAUCGAUGCUUCUCUUCAAUCUUCUAUGGCCUCAAUCGUGUCGAACAUGCUGGACCUGUUUACCUCUUUCGAGAGAGUCCGCAAUUCGCCGGUGCCGUUCAUCUACGCUGUGCAUCUCAAGCAGACGCUGACGAUGUAUCUGAUCUCGCUGCCGCUGCAGCUUGCCCCGAGCAUGGGAUGGACCACGAUUCCCGUCGUGAUUCUUGCCAGCUUCACUCUUCUCGGUAUUGAGAGUAUCAGUGGCCAGAUCGAGAACCCCUUUGGCAUCGACGAAAACGACUUGCCUAUGGACGACUACUGCGACGAGCUCCGAGACGAACUCACGCGUGUGAUGAUGCGUCCUGCCAAAAUCACCCCUGACGACUGGCACCGCCCUUGGGACGACAUCAGCACCCAUGCCACCCAGGGAACACUCAACCAGGUGGCGAUGGCGAUCGCCCAGGACGAGAUUGCCAAGCGACGCAACGAGCUUAUUCAGGCCGGCCAGGAUGGCGAUGCCACUAUUACGGUGUCCGUCACCGCCACCGCAGACAAGUGAUACCUGUCAAUGUCGACACCGAGUGCGGAAUGAGUAUCUCCGAGGAACGAGGGACCGUCCCCGUUCCUGCCCAGCAAUUGUUGUGUGCUGACGAAUACAUCCAGCAACACGUCUUGAAA